UCUCCUCCACAACACGUCGUCAAGCUCGUGAUCGUAUAUGCAUACUCUAUUUCUUAUAUUACAAAGAUGGCAAACCGGUGUUACUUUAUAGUCACUCCUGACCCUAACUGGUCGCAUGGUAUUUCUAGGGCUAACUGGGGGUGGUGAGGAUGAUGAGCAUGGCAACCCUGAGCUCUAUUUCCAUAUCAAGUUCGGCGACGGCGAGUCUUCAUACACAACGCAUAACCCAAAUUUUAUGAAGGCUGAGAACGUGCUCUCCCCGAACCCGACUCGCACCCUGCAGAUUCCUGGCACCAACGGGUGGUACAACGUGACGCGCAAGGUUGGCAAGAGUCUCGAGUUGGACUAUCUGACCAAACUCACGCCGCAGACUGGUCAGUCCUCCAACUAUUCCAUCAUGUUCCCCCUUCCUCUUUAG